ACAGAUCAUUCACAUCUGGCGGCGUCUAAUCUCACAUGAUCUGCUCUGCUCAGUACACCACAAUCUAUCAAUAUGCAAGAGCACAUUUAAUAAACUGUAAAAUUAUUAAACCUAAAUGAAAAAUGUGAUAAAUUAUAAAAUGUUGUGAAAGUUACAACUACUGUACAAAUGGGGCUGUUAAGCUCAAUCUUAAGAUCAAUUAAUAUAAAAUUGAUCAGAUCAAAUCAACAAUUGUGGAUUUUAUUUCUUUUACUGAUCAAUGGUUUACAAGUGGACAGUAUGGAUUACACUUGUAUUGAAGGAAUGUCAUCAAUAGGAGUUUCACUUCCUCGAGGUGAACAUGAGCUGUAUAAAAACUCCGAUCCGGUCAACCUUACCUGUCACAUUAAUAUACAUCAUCAACUGUAUAAACAGGGGUACAGCGCUAGAGAUCUAAUGUUUGAGAUGACAACCUUCUACACCAAUACAACCUCGAGGCUACCCUCCACUGUGAUAAACAACUCAUCAAUCCUCUCCACAUUUCAUCCCAGUGAAGCAGACCAGUUUAAAGUCACGUGUUUUAUCUUGGUAAAUACAACGAACUCAACAGGUGGAAUCAGUUCAACUAGUGUUACAAGCUCAGCCAGUUUAACCACCGAAGCUGGUUUAAUCAGUACUAGCGAAUCAAACAAUCCAAAUGACAAGGAGAAACUAACUGUGUGUACACAAACUAUCUAUGUUGGAUUUGGAGCCGAACCUAUUGAGGAUUUGAUCUGUAUAUCUGAGAAUUGGACUGGUAUAAAAUGUACCUGGAGGAUACCCUUUAAUCCUAUCAAAAUUCGGUAUAUGUUGAUGUUUAAACACUGGUUCAGUACCCAGGAAAGAUAUUAUCCUAUGUGUUGUGUGUAUGGUGAGUCUAAAAAAGAUCCUCGUCAUAAAUUCUGCUACUUCUCAUCAAACAAGACUCAAACAUUAGCCGGUGAACUAAAUAUUGUAUGGCCCCAGCCCUCCAGCUGGAAUAACGAUACAAAUGGGGCAGGACAAUAUAUAUUCUCUCAACCCUGUGAUUGGUUUAACAAGUUUGACCCUGACGUCACAUCACGAGGUUAUAAGGAGGUCAGGAUACUAGCAUACAAUACAGAUAUCAUAAGUGAUGAAGCAGUUGCAGAUCUUGCGGAUUUUCAAGGCGAACUGCCCAUUGGUAUUGAACGAGAAUGGAAGCUAAAGGUUCCAAUUCAAG